UCUGGCUCCGGCACCGCCCGUCGCGGACGCGUAUUUGCCGCCACCGCCGCCGCCGCCGCCUCUGCUCUGCCACCGCGCCCGGGCCCCCUGCCCGCAGCCAUGAGCGCUCUCCGUCCGCGUAGAGCCCGCCGUCCUCUCGAUUAGUUCCUUCCGCUGCCCCUGGACCCGCCUGCACCAUGGAGUCGCCCGCCUCCAGUCAGCCCUCCAGCAUGCCCCCGACCAAAGGGAAAUCCAAGAGGAAGAAGGAUUUACGGAUAUCCUGCAUGUCCAAGCCGCCUGUACCCAACCCUACACCCCCCCGGAACCUGGACUCUCGGACCUUCAUCACCAUCGGAGACAGGAAUUUUGAGGUGGAGGCCGAUGACCUGGUGACCAUCUCAGAGCUGGGCCGUGGAGCCUAUGGGGUGGUGGAGAAGGUGCGGCAUGCCCAGAGUGGCACCAUCAUGGCCGUUAAGCGGAUCCGGGCCACUGUGAACUCACAGGAGCAGAAGCGUCUGCUCAUGGACUUGGACAUCAACAUGCGCACAGUCGACUGCUUCUACACUGUCACCUUCUAUGGGGCCCUCUUCAGAGAGGGAGAUGUGUGGAUCUGCAUGGAGCUCAUGGACACAUCCCUGGACAAGUUCUACCGGAAAGUGCUCGAUAAAAACAUGACCAUUCCAGAGGACAUCCUGGGGGAAAUUGCUGUGUCUAUCGUCCGGGCACUGGAGCAUCUGCACAGCAAGCUGUCCGUGAUCCACAGAGAUGUGAAGCCAUCCAAUGUCCUCAUCAACAAGGAGGGUCAUGUGAAGAUGUGCGACUUCGGGAUUAGCGGCUAUUUGGUGGACUCUGUGGCCAAGACGCUGGAUGCUGGCUGCAAGCCCUACAUGGCUCCCGAGAGAAUCAACCCGGAGCUGAACCAGAAGGGCUACAACGUCAAGUCCGACGUCUGGAGCCUCGGCAUCACCAUGAUCGAGAUGGCCAUUCUACGGUUUCCUUAUGAAUCCUGGGGGACCCCGUUCCAACAGCUGAAACAGGUUGUGGAGGAGCCAUCUCCCCAGCUCCCAGCUGACUCCUUCUCUCCCGAGUUUGUGGACUUCACCGCACAGUGGUGA